AUGGCCAGAAUUGAUCAUCCAUCCAUCAUCCAUCAUCCAUCCAUCCAUCAUCCAUCCAUCAUCCAUCAAUCUCUGCAGGUCGUGUCCCAGAUUGACCGCCUGACAUCGGACUUCGCUCUGGACCUGGAGCCGGACGCUUGGACUCCGGCCACGGCCAGCAGCACGUCCAGCAGUGACCGGGGCGGCGCCAGCCUUGAGCUCGGCCCUCUGGACUUCGCCUCCUCCGACGUCCUCUCGGACAGCUGGGAAUUCUGCUCCUUCCUGGACGCCUCCACGCCCUCGGACCCCGGCGAUUGUCCGGAGCCUCCGCGGCCGCCGCCGGCCCGGCUGAUGAAGGGGGGGCCGCGGCCGCCGCCGGCCCGGCUGAUGAACGGGGGGGUCCCCGUGGCCAACGGCCCCCGCGGGGGCGGGGGGACCCCGGAUUCCUCCAGCGAGGAAUGUUUCGGGAGCGCCGCCGUUCCCAAAAUGCCGGCGCAGCGGCCGGCGGGGACGCGGGAGCGCGUCCGCUUCAGCGACAAGGUGCUCUACCACGCCCUGUGCUGCGACGACGACGGCGACGCCGAUGCCGGCGCUGACGCUCCCGACGAUCCCGCCAGGAAGGGGCCUCGGGAACAGCUCCUGAGGAACCCUGGCACCAUCCCGAUCCGCAGGGCCACGAGGAACAGCAGCACCCAGACCGUGGCUGAUAAGAGCACGCAGACGUUGCUGCCGUACGUCCCGGCCAGGCAGAGAAUUCCCAACAAAAACUGAGCCUGGAUCUGGGUUUGGGAAGGGUUUGGGGGAGGGGAAAAUCCCUGGGAAAGGGGC